UGAUGAAGGUACACUUGUACUAUAAAUAUGAUGUAAUCAACUGAUUUCGAUUUAGUUGCUUUCCUGCACUCGACUGAAUCGGUUAAAAAAGUUACUACAAACAUGAAGUAUUUUUAUAGCUUAGCUGUGUUUUUUGUGAUACUAGUUGUUAGUUGCAAGGGUGAAGCUACAGAUGAAGAGAAAAAAGCACAGGGAAAGGAGAUGCUGCGAAGCCUAGCGCAGGAAUGUAAAAAGAACGAGGGAGCUACCGAUGAGGACGUCGAAGGAGUGGUCGAAGACAAGAUGCCCGAAACAACGGUGCAAAAAUGUUUGCAUUCAUGCAUGCAAAAGCAGUUCGGAGUUUCCGAUGGAACUAAAUUUUUAAAGGAAGGUUUCAUUCAGGUUAGCUCCAUGGUAGUUGGUAAAGACGAUGAAAAAAUGAAAAUAGCGAAGGAAGUGGCCGAAGAGUGUGACGGAACAACAAAUAGUGACCGUUGUGAGCUAUCGGUUGAUAUCAUGACCUGUAUUCGAGAUGCAUUGAAGAAGCGUGGUGUCGAAAAGCCCUAACAUUAUUUUAAAUGUUUAUUAAACCAAUGCCAAACGUUGAAUUCAAAACGAUUCUAUAUUUUUAAGAGCAUAUCGAAAAUGGAUUGAUUGACAGGAAGCUCGUGAUUAUUUUAAUAAAUUGUUUUUAUUCGUCAAACUCAACCAAACGUGUAAUUAUUUGCUAUUUCGCGGAACAGUGGCUUGCAGUCAAUUCUAGCAUUUAGUCUAGCGCAUAGCAGAAAAACACCCGACAACUUUCGGUGAAGAGAGUAGAUUUCCUCCGGGGGAGGACACAACCGAUGGGCAACCAUGACCGGCACUAGGGCUGCGAUUUUUUUCGUAGUGCUUUGUCUUCCGAACUCAAAUUCGCCCUCAACACUGAAUACUUCACCCAGAAUUAAGACAGCGUCUAUGUGGGCAUUUUCCAUUGCAGUUGAUUCGUAGCCAGUAAGAAAUCCCAUUCGUCGCGAUAACUCCAAGAUGCGCUUCCGAUCGUUUUUAGUUGCCGCUUGUAUGAUCUGCAAACAUAAAUAGGAUUAGAAGUAUAGUAAAUACUUUUGUAUUUUAUUAUUUCAACAAAAAACCGUUACUACAAACAGCAGAAACAA